UUCUUUGCGUUGCAUCACGCGCGUUUGUGUAAAGUUUAAUUUCAAAUUAUAGAUUUGCAGGGAAAAAUAAGUUCACAACUUAUCGUGACUAAUUAGGUGAAUCUGUUAAAAAGUAUGUUACACUUAAACCGAUUGUGUGCAGUACAUCGGAUUGGCGUUGUGAAGCAAAGGUUUCCUCGCUUUUUACUGCAACCGGCAGCAGCUGUAUCGGGGCUAGUGCGCAAUUGCUCCACAAAAUCAUUACAAACAGAAGGGUCGCUGCCAGAGCUCAAAACCGACAGUGAGCCGAAUGUAUCAUGGAACACCAUCUAUCACUUUCCAGGAAUAAUGCUUACUGCUUCAAUUAAACGACUUCGAAUGUACCCGGUUGCAGCGACAGCAAUAACUGUUCCUAUAUCAAUAGGACUGGCGUACGGCGAGAUUUGUUCUGUCGUGACAGCGCAAAUCUGUGGAUCGAUAGGCCUGUCCACUACUUUGACUCUAUUAUUGUUUAGUUAUUUCACGAAUAAUCUUGUUGGAUACGUCUACGCUGAUGAUCGCUUUCAAAAUGUUAAAAUUUCUUACGUGGACUUUCACGGCAAACGACAAAAUCGAAUAUAUCCCGUGAACGAAAUCGUACCGCGCACUGAGCUUGGACGAUCACUGCUGAAGUUUUAUUUUCCUAUCAAAAAUCACAGUAACGAUGAGGUGUACAAGUUAGUUCAUCGAUAUGGACAAAUUUACAACGACCAAGCAUUUAACGUUGUGUUUGGAAAGGAUUAAUGCGGAUCUGCGAUAAAUAUGGCAAACCAACCAAAAAGUGGGUACCAGAAACGCUGGUACCAGAAUCAGUGAGUGGUAGAUGGAAAAUGUAUGGAGUUUGACAGCCACAAGAGCCCCCUGUUGCAAUACCAUUAAACAUCGAUACUUAAGAUCGAUACCUGUAUCGAGAGCAAGUACGGAUAUUCCGAUAGUAUCGAGGCUAACGUAUCGAUAACCUAAAUGUAUCGUUGUGCGAUACCAGUACCAGUUCAUUCAAA